AUGGUAACCAAACAGCUGCUUUGUGAGAUACAGGGGAUAGAGAAAGCCACCACGGCUGUGGAGAAGCUGGGUGCUUGUAAGAGUCUGUUUUCUGUUCAAAAGGAAGGGAACAGGACCAGAAGUGGCCGAGGUUAUGGUCACGCAGCUCCAGGCACCAAUGCUGGCAAAGCCUUCUGUAUGUUUUAUGCAGUCUUGGGGAUCCCGCUGACUCUAGUGAUGUUCCAGAGUCUGGGAGAACGCAUGAACACCUUCGUUAGAUACCUGCUGAAGAAAAUAAAGAAAUGCCUGGGAAUGAAGAAGACUGAAGUCUCCAUGGAGAACAUGGUAACUGUUGGCUUCUUCUCGUGCCUGGGCACCCUGUGCAUUGGAGCAGCAGCAUUCGCACACUUUGAGGAUUGGACCUUCUUCCAUGCAUAUUAUUACUGCUUUAUAACUCUUACCACCAUUGGGUUUGGGGACUUUGUGGCUCUACAGAACAAUGAAGCACUGCAGAAGAGGCCUCCUUAUGUGGCAUUCAGUUUCAUGUAUAUUCUCGUUGGACUGACUGUGAUCGGAGCCUUCCUGAACCUGGUGGUGUUGAGGUUCCUCACCAUGAACUCAGAAGAUGAAAAGAGAGAUGCGGAGGAGCGUGCUGGGAAUAGGGACCACGCAGCUAUGACCAUCGGAGAGGACAUUCAGAGCAGGAGCACUGUAUUAUUGCCCCUGGAGGAAGGACAAAGUAGGAGUAAUCUGAUCCCCCUGAUGGAGGGGGAGGUGGAGAUAAGGCAUGAGAGUCUACCAGAACCUGUCUCAGACGUUGGUUCCCUUUGCUCCUGUAUGUGCUAUAGAUCUCAGGACUGUGAAAGUCCCACUGGCUUCCACCAUGGCUCCUUCAGCGCCCAUACCAACCCAGUUUACUUCAAUUCUAUCUCCUUCAAGGUGGAUGAGAUGUCAUUGAGUGCACGAGAGAACUUUGUCUUCUCCUCCCCUGGCAGCACCACCUCCCUUGGAUACCCCGCCUUCAGCCAGCACCUCCGAACCCGUCGGAGGUCAGUGUGA